CCUCGAUAGACUCGAAGAAUCGACUGACAAACACGACAGCCUUGGGCGAUGCCCUUCCGCUCAGGUUGCGAAAAUGAAGAGGGAACUAGAAGAUGACGACCCAGAACCUGUUCCAAAAAGGCAACGCAAAAAUGCAAUCCAAUUGCAAGAUCACAUCCUAGAUCCCGACCUCUUCGCUGACGACAAGUCCUCUCUCUACUCGGGCACCGAAAAUUCCUGCGCCUCCAAUGCCCUACCAACAGAAACCUCCCCCACCCCCCUCACGGCGGGCUCGCCCAAUCCCCAUGCCCGGCGCAAGUUCCCCUCGGAUCUCAAGACGAUCAAGUGCCCGAGCUGCCCCAAGACAUUCAACCGGCCGGCCCGGCUCGCCGCGCACCUCCGCUCGCACACCAACGACCGGCCCUUCAAGUGCACCUUCGGCGGCUGCACAAAGGACUACCUGGAGGAGAAGCACCUGAAGCAGCACAUCAAGGGUUCGCACACCCAAGAGCGCCGGUACGCCUGCCCCGAGGCCGGCUGCGGCAAGGCGUUCGUGACGGCGACGCGCCUGCGCCGCCACGCCGCCGUGCAUGAGGGCGCCGAGCGGUACCGCUGCCGUGGCCACGGCGCCUGCGACCAGAGCUUCCGCAAGCACCAGACGCUGCAGCGCCACGUCCGGACCGAGCACCUGGGCCAGGCCGCCUACGCCUGCCCUGACGACGCCUGCCCGGCCGGGUUCGACACCGCCGGCGCGCUGAAGAGGCACGUCGACCGCGAGCAUGGCGAGCUGCGGUUCUGGUGCGACGAGUGCGGGACGCAGCGGGUCCCGGAGGGAGACGGCGGCGGCGACGACGACGACGACACAGUUCCCGCCGGCCGCGUCGGAUUCACGACCAUGGCGCUGCUGCAGGCGCACAUGCGGCGCGAGCACGUCAACUGCAUGUUCUGCAGCGUCCGGUGCGGGAGCCAGGCGCAGCUGGAGCGGCACGUCGAGACGCAUCACUCCGGGUCGACGGUGUCGGACCGCAAGACCAUCGCGUGCGGGUGGGCCGGCUGCCCCAAGACCUUCACCAAGCGGAACAACCUCGCGGCGCAUGUCCGCACCGCCCACGAGGGGUUCCGGUUCGUGUGCGGCGAGGUCGACACCUUCGGGACCCACGACAUCGCCGACUGGAACUGGCUCGAGGAGGGCUGCGGCGAGGGCUUCAUCAGCAAGCUGAAGCUCGAGGAGCACGUGCGCUUCGUCCACCUCGGGAGGCGCCGCCCGCCGAGGCCGCUCGCCGUCGGAGGCGGCGCCCAGCCGGGCGACGACGAAGACUUGAUCGAGGCCCUCUCUGGCGUCGUCGCGGAUGCUAAGCGGAACAUCCCCUGCUCGGUGGCGGGGUGUCUAGCCCGGUUCAUCAGGUACCACGACCUCCGGACCCACGUCAAGCACGCCCAUGACGGACAGGAGGAGGAGGAGGAGGGUCAAGUGGCCCCGGCGGAGGACUUUCCAUCUUCUCACGCACCCCACCAAACCAGUGUUGUUGUUGGCGACAUGGAGGCCGUUGUUCCCGGCGAUGAGUUCUGGUUUGCCGCCGGCGCGGAUGACGAACACGGAAGAGGCGAGUUUGAGCGCGAGUGGGCCGACAUGAGAAGGCUCAUUGACGUCGACGCUCUGACGGACUGACGGGCAGACACUUGAGAAUCCCAGGUCCCCCAGAUCACCCUAUGACGAAUGUUGAUGAGAUACCCGGGGAGAUAGCAUAGAACGGACAUGGGGCGCCUUAGUAUUGCCCAGUUUGGGACAAGAUGGCGCAUUUGACUUUGAUUGGGGAGAAAAUAAAAAUAGGGGAGCUGGAGGCGUUAUCUGCCCUUUGAGUCUUUUUUACUGCAGCGUUUGCCGAGAGAUGCGAGGCUUGGGAAUCUCGGCCACUUGAUCAGAUCAAAAUGGGAUCUAUCCGAACCUACUGGCACGGGGUGGACGCCGUAUAUUAAGGGAAAAAAACAAAGCAGUCCUAUAAUUAAGGUUCCCUUAGGCGCCUCCUGGUCUAUGGCAAUAAUGAUGAGAACAGUGAUAUGGACAUCUAUCCCGGAAAUGCGGUGGUUUCAACAAUCUCAU